AUGAAAACGCCCGAAUUCAGUCUAGACUCGCUAAACAAAAAGCGAAAGAAGAGGAAGAAGAAGUUGGACUAUGAGAAGCUCAGUGCACACUAUUUUUUGAAGCUGCCCAUUUUUAUCAUCCUGAUGUUUGUAUUCUCCCUCAACGCUUUUAUAUACAUUUUCAUAAGGUUCUGUAUUUUUGUUUGCGAGAAUGUGUCUUUUUUCCUCAUAACAAAGUACAGGGAUUUUUGUAGAUCUCUGGGGAAGAAGUCAAGUGGGGAGAGAGGAGGUGACGCGGCGGAUAGCAAACGAAGUAGAAGAACCAUUGGUAAUAUGUAUGGCCAAGAAGGCAUGGAAAAAGCAGAAGAAAGCAUUUUUAAGAUAGAGAGCCUGAUGCGGUCAUGCAACAGUUACAAAGAAUACAUCAAGUAUGCCUAUCGAAUGGAUGAACUGACUGGGAAGACUGUUCACAUAAAUGAGAAUGACGAUUAUAUAAAUACGUAUGAUGUGAACUUACUGAAAAAGACAAGCCAGAGAAUAAAGAAAAGUCUAAAAAACAGUGAUGUGUUGAGGCUACUGGAAGAUAUAAAAGUCGCUACGUCACCAACAAUGAAGGCAAUUUUUAAGGAGAAGUAUUAUUGCAAAACUUAUUCUACGCCACACAUUAUAGUGACUGAUUUUAUAACGCAUGUGAUGGAGGGACUGGAGUUUGUCGAUCGGCAUGUACAUCGACAGAAGGAGACGAACUCUAGUUACAUUUUCUCUGAUGAGUAUCUAUUGAUUAAGAGGAUUUUUAAGGAUGUCUUUCGGCAAUGGGGAAAUACUGCCUUGUUCUUCAGCGGAGGUGCCAUCCUGGGUCUCCACCACUUUGGCGUCUUGGAGGUUUUUCUAAAAUCUUCCAUUAAUGUAGACUACUUUGAGGAGUGCUCAGCCUGGGGGGGGCAGCCCACUCAGGAGAAUCACUCUGCGAAGGAGAAGCAACCCAGUCUCCCUGGUCAGCCAAGUCAGAAGAAGAGUGCACACAUCAGGGAGGCGUGCAAAGUGGGGUGCGCCCCCAAAGAUAAAGGAACCCAAUCGGAAAAAAGGAGCGAGCGCAGCACUAAAGGGGGGAAAACCCUCUUAGGGAGGAACCCCCCCUCAGGUGCUAAGCCAUCCAAAGGGAAGGAUGUGAAGACCUCCACAAAUGCAGAAAAAGGAAAGACGAGCAAAAUAGACCUAAUUAAGAAAUUUCUUUUUAGCCGUAACCGAUCUGGCAACCAUUCGGGAUACGCCCCUGUGGAGGGGGAGCGGCGUGGCGGAAGGGCGUCCAUAACUCCUUCGAGCGAGGGGAGCUCUGGUGAGUUCUCUUUCAGCACAAGCAACUCCUCGUUGAGCGAGCUGGACUUGGGCUCGCUGCGGGAGGAGGGGGGCGCUGAAACGGUGGGAAGUAGUGAACGGGAUGGAAGCGAUGGACAGGAUGGAACAGAUGAACGAAGUGGAAGUGGUGAAUGUCGUGCCCUCCCCCAGCUCAAUAGCCGCCUCAGGGAAGGGAAGAUCACACAAAAUCGCUCCUCAAGCAGCCCCUCCAGUAGUAUCCCCUUCUCAAAUGAACAGAAGGGUUUCGUGCCAAAUUUCGAAGACAACAUUCUGCCGCAAAUCAUAUGCGGGACAUCCGCAGGAAGUAUCAUCGCAGCAUGGGUCUGCUCUAGAACGAACAAAGAGUUGUUACACGAAUUUAACAUAGAAUUUAUUUAUCAAAUCGUAUCUUGUUUUUCUUCAGAAAAUUGGCUCUACUCUUUUUUUAACAUUUACCGAAAGGGAAACUUCUACGACAUCGAUAAGAUUGUUAAUCUGAUUCAUAAUCUCUAUGGUGAUAUGACCUUUCUGGAGGCCUUCAUUAAGACUAAUCUGGUCUUAAAUAUAACGGUGACCAGAGCAGAAUCAGGAAAUACCAAUUUCCCAUGUGAUGAAGACGGACAUAUGGUCUUAAAUUAUAUGAAUAGCCCCAAUGUGUUGAUUUAUACCGCUGUUUUGGCUAGCUGCUCUUUUCCCUACCUGCUGCAACCAUUUAAAUUGUUGGAGAAAAAAUACAACAGGGAGAACGUACAUAGGUUCAUGUCUGUUAAGGAGGUGAGUAAUGCUAAGUUUAUUCUUAAUAGCAAUAGUGCGUUUAACCGGAGGAGCCAUUUGAGGCAAACGGAGCGGAGGCCCAGCGGGGUCAGUGCGGCGAGUGCAGCCGGUGAUGGUGGGGAAACAAGUGUAACGAGCGAUUCGGACGAUACGAGCGGUCCGAGCGGGCGCCUCAAAUUCCUCUCGGCGGGGUGCUCAGAUGACGCAAAAGGGAGAAAGAAGAGGAAGGAUAAAGGGAUGCACCCUCCACGCACGAGUGGCGCAGACGAGCAGGAGGAACAUUCCGAAGCAGAUCAACCAAAGAACAAAGCAACCGAAUGCAUCGACCUUAAUGAAUACAAAAAUAUAAAUCUUGUGGACGAGGAGUACACCAUUAUAAACAGCGUGCAGUUCAAGAAUACGUACUUUCAUGAUGGAUCCCUAAAAAGCGACAUUCCGGCCCAUAAUCUGAAUCAGAUUUUAUCCGUAAACUACAGAAUCGUUUCGCAGGUGAAUCCCCAUGUGUUCCCCUUCAUAGGGGUUCGGGUUCAUGGAGAAGCAGGCAAGCCCGUAAAAUGGAGAGGCAACUCUGGACACUGGAGGGCUGGAUUUUUAAUGUCCUCUAUGGAAAUAUUAUUUAAAGAAAACAUGCGAUACAUUUUGAGGCUGAUGGCGCUGUUGGACUUGUCUCCUACGAUCCGGGGUCUGAACGCAGGCUCGAUCGCGAUGCAGAACUACAACGGAGACAUCACCCUGCACCCGAAGCGGCUCUACCUCAGGCACUUCAAAUUGAUCAGCGUGUCAAACUACGACGACGUGGAGUGGUACAUACAGCAGGGCAGGCAAAUGACCUUCCAGAAGCUCCCCCUCAUUCUGAACAGAAUGAAAAUAGAGAAGAAGUUAAUCAAGAUGAAGAAGUCGUUCUUUUGA